CGGCGGUCACGUAGGCGGAAGGCGGGACCGUGUGCGUGGAAGAGGGGGGAAAAGGAAGACACGGAGUCCGGCAGGCCGCCGGGAUGAGCCUCUGCGGUGGUCAGAGACCAUGACCCAGCCGAGGCCGCCACGGCUGCAUCACAACGCGGAGCGAGACUCGGAGGCCAAGCAACAGAGAAAGGUAGCCGAGAUCUACCAGGUCCUGGACAGCGAGCCUGUCGACAUUGCCCCCCUCCGGCGCAUGGCGAUCAGCGAAGGUGGCCUUCUCAGGGACGAGAUCCGCUGCAAAGUAUGGCCCAGACUUCUCAAUGUCAACACCGACGACCUGCUGCCUCCGCCAGAGGAAGAACUUCGAGAAAAAAGCAAAGAUUAUCAGCAAGUCCUGCUGGAUGUGAGGCGAUCCCUCCGGCGUUUCCCGCCAGACAUGCCAGAUGAACAGAGGGAGGGUCUCCAGGAGGAGCUGAUCGACUGCAUCCUCCAGGUUCUGCAACGCAACGCACAACUCCACUAUUACCAGGGAUACCAUGACAUCGUGGUCACCUUUCUGCUGGUGGUGGGGGACAGACUGGCGGCCACCUUGGUGGAAAAACUUUCAACCCAUCACCUCAGGGAUUUUAUGGACCCGACCAUGGAGAACACCAGACACAUUUUAAAUUACCUGAUGCCCAUCAUAGACCAAGUGAACCCAGAUCUCCACGAUUUCAUGCAGAGAGCUGAAGUGGGAACCAUCUUCGCCCUCAGCUGGCUGAUCACCUGGUUCGGGCACGUCUUGUCGGACUUCAAGCACGUGGUGCGGUUAUACGACUUCUUCCUGGCCUGCCACCCGCUGAUGCCCAUCUACUUUGCCGCCGUGAUUGUGCUCCAUCGGGCCCCAGAGGUCCUGGCCUGCGACUGUGACAUGGCUUCCGUCCACCACCUGCUCUCCCAGAUCCCCCAGGAUCUUCCUUACGAGAUGCUCAUCAGUCGGGCCGGCGACCUCUUCGUUCAGUUCCCACCUUCCAAGCUUGCCCAGGAAGCCGCUCAGCUGGAAGCCGAGAGGACGGCCGUUUCCACCUUCAAGGACUUCGAGCUGGCUUCCUCCCAACAGCGGCCGGACACCGUCCUGCGCCAGCGCUUCCGAGAGCAACUCCGGUUGGAAGAGAGAGCCAAGUCCCUCUUAGCGACCAAGCCCAGGACCAACCGCUUCGUCAAGCUGGCCGUGAUGGGGCUGACGGUCAUGCUGGGGGCGGCUGCGGUGGCGGUGGUCAAGAGCGCUCUGGAGUGGGCGCCCAAAUUUGAACUCCAGAUCUUUCCUUAGGGCUGAAGGAAGAAAGGAAGGUCCCAAUUUUUUGUUGGAUCUUCCGGCCGGCUGGGGGGAGGGCGCAGUUGUUCUCCCCCAAGACCACCUUCUGUCCUCCGUCUGCCACCCCCGGUGAAAAGAGGAGAACGCGGCGCGCCUGUUCGGGGAAAGCGGUGGUGUUCCUGCGGUUUUCCUCUGAAGGAGCGACGUGGGAUCUCGGGACCUUGAGAACGUCCGCAAGCAAUUCGGUUGUCUGUCUCAACCCCAAAGUGGCGGAAGGCAGAAUUUAAUUCUCUCGCGGAAUUUAAUUCUCGCUAGAUCUCGUUUCAACGUCUCCCCGUGCUAGCCAGAAAGGGAACAACAGAAAAAGAAGUUUCGUUGACACGCAGAACAGAUCCGGGGGGGUGUGUGUGUCCAAUGUUGGCAACUUUUAAGACUGCUGGGCUUCAACUGGCUGGGGAAUUCUGGGAGAUGAAGUCCACAAAUCUUAAAAGUUGGACCUCCCCCCCCCCAAUAGAUCUUUCAAACUGAUCUGUUGCCAUCGAAGCUGGGGGGGGGGGAAUCAAUCCUAAUCGCCCGGGUUCGAUGUGCGAUACUCAAGACUUUCCCCGACGAAAAAAAUGAAGCUUUUCUUUACCUGCAUGAAGGGUUCUCCCCCAAAAUGAAGGUCCACUGAAUCCCGCGUAUUGUCUCCACGACUUCCCACGGCAAAAGCCUCUCUCACAAGUGUCCUUAUCCAGCCUCCACUCCUUUGGACAGGCAAGUUCUUGGCUAUCUUUUGAAGCCACCAGCUGAAGCGAAACAUCCUAAGAAGUAAGAACCGUCCUUCUUGGCCCAUCGCUCCCUUUGCCAGCUGGGCACCAGUUGAGUAUGGCAUUCAGCCAAGAGCGUGCUGGACAGCUGGGCAUUGAGGUGGACAGCCGAUUAGCCCCGCCGUGCUCUUCGGGCCGAAGGAUGGACCUCAAGAGGUCCUCCAGAAAGCCACAGCUUCCAGAUCCACUUCCUGGAAGGAUCUAGACUUCACCUCUGUUUGUGUUUCUCUAAAAACAGUGGCGCUGAAUUCUGCUCUGUGCCAAGACUGGCUUAUUCUGGAGAAGAGGCCAGGAUACCCACAGCAAGUUGUAUUCCUCACGUGCUUGUUGACCUUCUAUUCUGGAUAAGCUCAGGGCUGGUGCCACAAGGACCGUGCCUUUCUCCAGGGCUUGGAUUGUGCUUGUGUACUUCUGAAGACCACUUCAACUCACAAAGCUGGUGGGACUUCAACCUUUGCUUGGCCUUCAAGUAGCUGUUCAGAUGUUUCUGGACAGAGGGCCCAGCCAACAUUCUGGAUCACACGUUUUGGACUGUACCAUGCCUCUUGAGGCGGAGGAGAACGUAGGUAGACUUUCCCCAAUCCUUUGGACCUAAACCCAGUGUCACAGCAUAAGAAGCAGGUAUGGGGGUGAUGCCAUCUGAACAGCAGUGACAAAAAAGGGACAGGAAAAGCCAGAUUGGGGCCUCUUAAGAGAAGUUUUUUUUUAAAAAAAAUCUUUCCGUGGCCUCUAAGAGAAGGAGACACGCAAAGAGGGCCCGGGAAAUCCCUGACCUCGCCUUUAAAAACAAAAAAAACACUUUACACAAACGAGUCCUAAAAGAAGAAGGAGAGGACAGCCUUUUUAUGGAGAAUUAUUAAGGCCGGAAGGGCUCUCUCUCUCUCUCUUUUGGGGUGGUGCUUUGAUGUCUCUUUUGUUAAAAGAAUUAAGAGGCGUUUUCUUCGGCUUCUGCGAAUCGGUCAUAUCGGCCGAGGAAAACCGGAGCCCUGCGUUUUGCUUCCAGCCCCAGGAAAGAUGUAGCCGUUGGAAAGAGAAAUUCCUUCUUGUCGUGUUUCGUAAGGACUGCCUCGAGCCUUUAUUUUACUCGUCAAAACAAGAAGUACAAAUUCGGGAAAAUCAAAACAAGGGACAGGGAACGAGAGACAGGCCAGGGCACUUACGCUCCCUUACGGACCUCUUAAAUAGGGAGUGAGGUUCCCCCAGUUCAGCCGAAUCUUAGCAACUUGGAUUUUGCAGGAUUUAGCAAAAGCUGGGGGCCUUUCCUGCCUGCCAAAAUCCAGAGUCCUAUCCUUAGAAAACGAACGUUAUCGAGGGAGAAUUUGGCGAACAGGUGAAAACUCAAUAGAAAUGGAGUUUGCACUGCGGUCUAAAAAAAAAAUUGGCCCGGGAUUUUGCUGGUUAGUUGCAGUUCUGUUGGAAAGGACGGCGGUUUGCUGAGGAACAGGCCUGCUCCACCGGUGAAUUAACUGGGACCAUAUUGGUGCCAGGAAGAGGGGAACAAAGUCUUUUCCUUGCUGCUCGUCACGAAUGAAGCAACAGGCAGCGUUUACGCUGAACGCCAACUUGACGGCACUCUUCCACUUCACACAAUCCCAGGCUUGCAGCGGUGAGCCUGGAAACCCACCAGUCCAGGCUGCCUCGCCCACCUGUUGCAUCCUUGUCACCUCUCUGUGGGCAGACAGGUAACAAAGCCCAGUGGUUUGAGUUCAGUGGAGGAAAAAUAAAAUGGGGAUCGACACAGCCCUUUGGUCGUGCAUCCUGGGCCAUGUGGCUCUUUUGUAUACUCCUGUACGUAUGUUAAACUUGUAGAUUUGUAAUUGUGUAAAAUAAAGAAAUGCGGUAUUAACUUAC